AAUCUCAGCCUAAAAAAAGUUUAGUUCAAUUUUUAGCACUAAGCGAAGCAGAUCGAGCUGUGAAUCUUAUACAAACCUAAUUUGGUAUUAGAACGAAACCGAAAGAUGAUAAUUAAAAUUUUUAUAUUGGGCCUUAUGGCAUACACAUGCCUGGGACAAGAUAGCUCACUGGAUGACCUUAUUGCUGAUAUUUUCAAAACAGACGGUUCUACCACCCAAUCGACUCCAACACCUUCACAAUCUACUGAGACUAUAAAGGAACGAACCCAAUAUGAGUCCUGUGGGGAACAAAAGGAAUGUGUUCCUCGAUGGUUAUGCUCCAACGACACCAUUAAUACUAGUGGAGAAAAUAUAAUUGACAUUCGCAUAGAUACUGGAUCACCUUGUACAAAGUAUUUGGAACGCUGUUGUGACCUUCCCAACAAGAGAGAUACGCCAGAAAUACCGGUUGGACCUAUUGAUCAAAAUCGAGGUUGCGGAUAUCAGAACCCUAAUGGUGUUGGCUUUAAAAUAACUGGAGCAUUAAAUCAAGAAGCAGAAUUUGGCGAAUUUCCAUGGAUGGUCGCAAUUUUAAGAGAAGAGUCUCAACUCAACUUAUACGAAUGUGGCGGCGCUUUAAUAGCGCCCGAUGUGAUAUUGACAGCAGCCCACUGCGUUCAUAACAAAGACGCUAAGUCUCUUAUUGUUCGAGCAGGUGAAUGGGAUACGCAAACCAAAGACGAAAUAAUUCCACAUGAAGAUCGUUAUGUAAAGGACAUUAUUUAUCAUGAGAAAUUCAAUAAGGGAUCCCUUUUUAAUAAUGUUGCAUUGCUAUUUUUAGAAAGCCCAUUUAAUUUUCAAAUGAAUAUUCAACCGAUUUGUCUACCAACACUAGGCGAAGAUUUCGAAUAUGAACGGUGUUAUGCCACAGGUUGGGGGAAAAAUAAAUUUGGCAAAGAUGGGGAAUAUCAAGUAAUACUCAAAAAAAUAGAUUUACCUGUUGUUGGAAGAGCAAAGUGCCAAACUAAUUUGCGGGAAACACGACUUGGCAGGCAUUUUAUAUUGCAUGAGAGUUUUAUAUGUGCAGGAGGAGAAAAGGAUAAGGAUACGUGUAAGGGCGAUGGUGGGUCUCCAUUAGUGUGUCCGAUUAAAGGUCAGCCCAAUCGCUUUAAGUCCGCUGGUAUAGUUGCUUGGGGUAUAGGUUGUGGUGAAGAAAAUAUACCCGGUGUUUAUGCAAGUGUUGCCUUUUUAAGACCAUGGAUCGACGAAAAACUGGCUAGCCGACAGAUAAGCUCGAAAUAUUUUACACCUUAAGCGAUAUACGAAACAUUUAUAUAACAAACUUAAAAA